AUGGUGAAGCUUGUUUGUGCGAUCGUUGGUGUGGCUGGAAGCGCUUUCCCUGUGGACAUCGACGCGAGCCAGCUGGUGGAAGACUUGAAGAAUGCGAUCAAGGCGAAGAAUGCAGCGACUAUCACGGGCGACGCCAAGGACCUGCAGCUCUUCCUGGCGAAGCAGCCUGUCGAAGAUGAGAGCGGCAAAGAGGUCGUCCCUGUUUACCGCCCUUCUGCGGAGGAAAUGAAGGAGGAAAGUUUUAAGUGGCUCCCAGACGAACAUCGGGCUGCUCUGAAGCUGGUGGAAGGAGAAUCUGAUGACUACAUCCAUGCGCUGACGGCCGGAGAACCGAUUCUGGGCUCAAAGACCUUAACAACGUGUUUUACACGAAGAACAACAUGA